GGUGUAAGGAUUACAUGGUGUGCUCAAUUGCCUGGGGGGAUUCGGGUAAUGACGUCACUCGUGUCGAAUUGUGUAAACAGAGUAGCCAACGUCUAGAAGUAAAACAUUUUUGGUGUUGUAAUAUUGGCACAUGUUCAUGCAUCGUCACACUCAUGCCGCUUAUGCCACUCAGAACUACCGAAAAAUGAAGUGAUGCGGGAAGGAUGGCUGAAAAAAAUAGGAGGCUAUGUUUUACCACCAAAAGUUGAAUUUGCAAGGAUAUGCUCGGUUCAUUUUAGUCAAGAGUCCUUUCAUCAAGGUCGAGCACGGAAAGACCCUGUUAAGAAACGUCACCUACUACCAUCGGCUGUGCCAACGUUAUUUUUGAAUUGUUCAGAAGCUCCAAAUGUAAACAAGAAUGCGGUGGCUGAACCCGCUGAACCAAAUCUCAAAUUCAAUAUCCUCCGACGAGAAUUCCCACUAGUUGUCAAUUCUGAAAGAAGAAUAGGAUCUUCAAAUACAACUUCACCAACAACUUCUCAUGUAGUUGUAGAAGACAACAUUGUAAAUAUUAGUACGCCAAAAGGAAUACAUAGGAGAAGUGACUGGUUGGAUGCAAAUGUCGACAUUGAAGAAAGUCCACCGGUGGCAUCUGGCCCUGAAAGACGAGUAUGCAAUUCAUCACCAAGAAGGUCUGUGGCAAGAAGACAUGACCGUUUACAAAAUACUCCACAUUUGACGAGACUUGCAAGAAGUAAACACCGUCGACAAAGCAGCAGUGAUCCACUGAGUCCAGCAUGGAAGCGUCGAAAACGGUUCCUCAUGGACAAUUGCACCGGCCAAACCUCUCAGAAGAAAGCUACACAUUCGCAUGUCGCAGAUGACGUAGACGCUGAACUUCGUCACCGACGUUCUUUGAGUAACUUUUUCAAAAAGUCUCUCUGCGAUGCUUCAGCGGCAGUGACUUCUGUUGAACAGGAAUGUGCCGAGUUGAAAAUGAAAUUGAAGGCAAAGAUUGAGGAACAGUCACCUUUCAUAAAAAAGAAUAAAGAUCUAAAAGAGAUCGUCGAUUGUUUGAAAAAGCAGUUACAGGAAGCAGAAGCCGAAAAAGAACGAAUGUCUUGUGCGAAGGAGGAAUACGUUCGCGAA